UUCAAUACGAGCUGAUAGGGACUUUCGUAACAAACUACAUUUCAGAGCCUUCAGUACGUCGUUUGCAGCCAUUUUUCUCCAGACGGUAAUUCGAUGGCGCUAUCUUUGACCGAAUCAGCAGCUCGCUUGUCUGUAACAAGAUUCCUUAAGGACUUCAUCUCUGCUGGAACUCUAACUCUUUUGGAGAAGGAUGGCACUGUUCUAACCUUUGAGGGCUCGCUCAAAAUUUGUCCUUUGUCGGUUGUUAUAAAAAUUCAUAACCCUCAGUUUUAUUGGAAGGUUGCUACAGAAGCAGACUUGGGCUUUGCGGAUGCAUACAUUCAUGGAGAUUUCUCAUUCGUUGACAAAGAUGAAGGUCUUGUAAAUAUUAUAAUGAUUUUUAUUGCUUGUAAAGAUUUACAAUCUUCGGCUUCAGUGGUCACUAAAUGGGAUUGGUUGACAUCGCUGUUCUCUUUUAGUGCUUGGAUUAUUUCUGCCAAAUACAUUUAUCGUAACUUUUGUAGGCGAAACACUCUAACACAAGCUCGUCGGAAUAUUUCUCGCCAUUAUGACAUGAGUAACGAGAUGUUUUCCCUCUUUAUGGAUGAGACAAUGAUGUACUCUUGUGCUAUCCAUAAGUCAGAAAACGAGGACUUAAAGGUUGCACAAAUGAGGAAAAUUUCCCUCCUAAUUGAAAAGGCAAGAGUAGAGCAAGAUCAUGAGGUGCUUGAGAUUGGUAGUGGUUGGGGUACCUUCGCUAUCGAACUUGUAAAGAAAACUGGGUGCAAAUAUACUGGCCUUACACUUUCAAAGGAGCAACUUAAAUUUGCUGAAGAUAAAGUGAAGAAAGCUGGAUUAGAGGAUCGCAUAAAGUUUCUUCUAUGUGAUUAUCGAGAAUUGAAAGAUGUCAACAAAUAUGAUAGAAUUAUCGCGUGUGAGAUGAUAGAAGCUGUAGGAGAUGAAUACAUUGAGGAGUUCUUUCGGUGUUGUGACUCAAGUUUGACAACAAAUGGACUCCUUGUACUCCAGUUCACUGCUGUACGAGAUGAAGGUUAUGAAAAGUUCCGAAAAUGCCCCGGUUUUAUUCCUGAGUAUAUUUUUCCCGGUGGACAUCUAUUUUCUUUGAGCCGAGUAACGUCAGCUAUGGGUACUGCCUCAAAACUAAGUGUGGAGCACGUAGAAAACAUUGGAGAACAUUACUAUCAAACACUGAGAUGCUGGCGAAAGAAUUUUUUGGAGAAUCAAAGCAAAAUCCUUUCACUCGGCUUCAAUGAGAAGUUCAUUCAAACAUGGGAAUACUAUUUUGACUACUGCGCAGCUGGAUUCAAGAUGAGGUUUCUUAAAAAUUACCAGAUCGUCUUCUCGCGCCGAGGGACUGCGUUUAAUGAUCCCUCUGCAACCAUACCCUCAGCACAUUAUUUGUAACUUUCAAUCCAAGCACAAUUAUAUAUAAACCAAUCUCUAGCUAGAAUACUGGACCUUCUUCGUAAGGACUUAAUUCAAAGCUGUGGAACUGAUUUAGGACUACUAUUUUACGUUGAUUGUUGCGUUUCUAUGUGUGCUUUUGUUGCUUGCAAGUUGCAAAUCUAAAUUAAAUCAAGUGAUAUGUAUGUAUAUACUCAGAUUCAAGUGUGUAUAAGUUGGUUUGAUCUUGUGGGGGGUGGGUGUUUUGUUUGUUUCUUUAGGUUGGGACUACUAUAUGAGAUAUAUAGGGAUUGCCUAAUCUAGUCCUUGUACCUGGUAUAAAAGAAUUGAUGUGUAUGUAGUAUGGAUUGCAACAAGGUAGAGCCUGUGCAAUUAUGUUUAUGUAAUUAAUAUUAUGUUCAAGAAUUAACUUUUCAAUGUG